AUGGGUGAGGAGGUGAAAGCAAUUGUUCCCGAGUCUGUGCUUAAGAAGCAGAAGAGGGAGGAGGAAUGGGCCUUGAAGAAAAAGGAGGAGCUUAAUGCUGGAAAGAAGAAGAGAGCUGAGGGCCGCAAGCUCAUUUACAGCAGGGCAAAGCAAUAUGCAAAGGAAUACCAGGAGCAGGAAAAGGAGCUGAUCCAAUUGAAGCGGGAAGCAAAGCUGAAAGGUGGAUUCUAUGUUGAUCCAGAGGCUAAACUCCUGUUUAUCAUCCGCAUCCGUGGUAUCAAUGCCAUGGACCCCAAGUCAAGAAAGAUCUUGCAGUUGUUGAGGUUGAGACAGAUCUUUAAUGGUGUAUUCCUCAAGGUUAACAAAGCAACCAUGAAUAUGCUGCACAGGGUAGAGCCGUAUGUUACAUACGGGUAUCCCAAUCUGAAGAGUGUUAGAGAAUUAAUUUACAAGAGAGGCUAUGGAAAAGUUGAUAAGCAGAGAAUUGCUUUGACAGACAACGCCAUCAUUGAACAGACAUUGGGGAAGCACGGAAUUAUAUGCGUUGAAGAUCUGAUCCACGAGAUAAUGACAGUUGGUCCUCACUUCAGAGAAGCAAACAACUAUCUAUGGCCCUUCAAAUUGAAGGCUCCAUUGGGUUGUUUGAGGAAGAAAAGAAAUAAUUAUGUCGAAGGAGGUGACGCAGGUAACAGGGAAGCUUACAUAAAUGAGCUUAUUAGAAGGAUGAAUUAAUUUACUUUUUUGUUAUAUGGUCAUUAGUAUUAUAAAAUCAUUAAGGAUAAGAUGUUUUUUUUCGUUCUUCUAGUUUUGGUUUGGAAAGAAUCUGUUAUUUUGACUAAUGCUUGAACCGAUGAGGAUGUUAUGAUUUUGACUUUAUUGUUCAAUUCUGAUUUCUGAUCA